AUGGCGACUAAAGCCAAAUCAAGCUCCUCGUCAUGCCUCUCCUUCCUCAAGGACGCCCUGCUCCUUCCGACCCAGAACGCCAAGCUCUUCGUCCCUGUCUUCCUCCUGGUAACCGCUCCCCUCCUUAUUCUCCAAAUCACCAAUGUCUUCUGCAUCCAGCCGCGCACAGCCGACAUACUGCACCACCUCGACGAGAUCAAGAACAUGGACCCCUCAAGCGCCGAUUACGCCGAGCUCAUGGCGGAGAUCUUAAAGGAAGCCAGGGAGCUUGUCAUAAUCUCCAUCGCGCUCCUAAUCAUCACCUUUGCAGAAAGCUUUGCCAAACAGAUCAUAGCCUUCUUCGCCACCUCCACCACCUACGCCGGCGACCGCUACUCACUCCCUGAGCUCUUCACCGAGGUGAUCAUGAAGGGGCGUCGCCUGAGGGGCCCUCUCAUAACCGUCGCCAUGGUGGGCGUCCUCAACGUCGCGUGCAUUCUCCUCCUCGUCGCGCUGCUCCAGCUCGCGAUGAGCCACAUGGGGGUGCUCUACAUGGCGGUCCUCUUCGUGCUCCCGUUCCUCGUGUUCCUGUACCUCAACAUCGUCUUCUUCGUCGCCAUAGCCGCGUCGGUGGCCGACGCGGACCGCCGCGGCGUGAGCGCGCUCACGCUGGCGUGGCGGCUGAUGACACAGGUGUGGAGGAAGGAAGGCUGCGUGCUGGUCGUCGUGGUCCAACUGGUGGAGAUGGUUCCGUCCCCGCUCCACGCGGUUGCGCUUGCGUGGUUGAAGAAGAGCAUGCCCAUGGGGCUGGCUCUGCUCUCCGUAUACGCGCUGCUGUCCGGCUUGGUGCAGCUCUUCUACUACGCCGCAGCGAUGGUGUACUACUACCAAGCCAUGGAGAGCAAGGAGGUGAUGGCCCAUGACUACGUCAAGAUCCCGACAGGUGAAGCAACUGUGUGA